AUGUGGGCGGGUUAUGAGGGGAGAGGAGCCCAGUGCAUCCUGGGAGGCUCACAGGCUUUGCUGUUCAGUGCCAGAUCCUGGUCUCCACCAACCAUACCCCAAUGUUAUUCCUGUGGAUCCCAUGGACCUCAAAGAAAAAGAGUUAACAAAGGUACAUGUGAACAUGAUGGUAUUAUGAAUAUUAACAGACCCCUGGUGGUCCAACUCAACUGGAGAGGAUUUGGCUCCACUGCUGGUGGAUGGGGAAAGGACUCAUUUUUUGGGUCCGCUGAAGAACUGUAUUGGGUAGCCCCCCUUGAAGGCUCAACUUACUUCAGUGAUGUACGGAUAUAUCCUACCUAUAAUGACCUUGUGUUGUACAAGAAUGCUGAAGACAGAUAUGUCUCUGGAAAUGGUAAUGGUGGUGGGAUGAUACUGUAUAACAAUUCCUUAUACUAUAACUGCUACAUGAGUAGGGAUAUCUGUAAGCUCGACAUGGCCACUUACAAUUUAGAUCGCACAACCCUCCCAAAUGCAGUUUUCAACAACAUAUUGUCCUAUUCAUCCUCCGAGUAUCAAGAUAUAGACAUGGCUGGAGAUGAAAAUGGACUCUGGGUCCUUUACACAACAGAAAAUGAUGAAGGAAAUGUAAUCAUCGGAAAACUGAAUGAAACCUCUCUCGAGCUGAUAAACACAUGGACCACCUCAAUGUACAAGCCUAGCCUAUCUAAUGCAUUCAUGGUUUGUGGGGUCAUGUAUGCCACUCGACCUCUUAGUGCUAGGCAAGAAGAGAUAUUUUAUAUGUAUGACACCAGCAUUAGUAAGGGAAGUUAUGUGAGCAUCCCGUUUGACAAGAUGAUGGAGAAGAUUCAGAGCAUGUCUUACAAUCCCAAUGACCAAAAGCUCUAUGUAUACAACGAUGGCUAUGAGGUCACCUAUGAUCUCUCAUUUAAAUACCCCUCUUAG